CUCCUUAGUCUUAACGAGCUAAAGGUGAUAUACCUGCAAUGCAAGCUGUUGGGUUCACUUGGAGAAGGUUAUCUAAAAAUAUCAGCAACACAAAAUCUGUAACUCAGUUAAAAAAAAUUGUAAAAAUCGCGUUCAGUGAUAAAUUUCUUCUAUAUACAAAUGUAACUAUAUCUGUAGGUUUAUCGUCAGUCGGAGAUGCCAUAGAGCAAAGUUACGAAAUUUACACUGACGACUUAGAUAAAUAUGACGCGAAACGGACAAUGCACAUGGCAUUUUCAGGAGCAGCACUCGGUGUGUUAUGUCAUAAUUGGUACAAAGUUUUAGACAAAUUUAUUGUAGGUAAAACUUUAGACAUGGUAACAAAAAAGUUGUUGUUAGACCAAUUAAUAUUUUCGCCUAUAAUGAUAGUAACCUUUUUUGGUAGUUUAGCAUUAUUUGAAGAGCGACCUUUACAAAAUUUUAAAGCCGAAGUAAGUGACAAGUUUGUGCGACUGUAUCGCGCUGAAUGGCUAGUGUGGCCCCCUGCACAAAUCAUAAAUUUCUAUUUCUUACCUACGAAAUUUAGAGUGCUAUACGAUAACACAAUAUCAUUAGGCUAUGACAUUUAUACCUCUCAAGUAAAACACAAUAAAGGCACAGGAAAUUUAGUAAAGGUUGCAUGACGUAACUUAAACUUAGGUGAAAUACAAUUUUGUAGAAAUAUAUAUGUACGUCAUAUUUCAUAAGUUUUUCCAGGCAUAACUUUUUCGUGUUAAGAGUUAAAAGAAACAAGCAGUGCUGUGAUGAUACA